CUCUCUCUGUCUCCCUCUUCCUCUCUCUCUUUCUCUCUCUGUCUCCCUCUUCCUCUCUCUCUUUCUCUCUCUGUCUGCCUGUCUCUCUCUCUGUCUCUCUCUCUGUCUCCCUCUUCCUCUCUCUGUCUCCCUGUCUCUCUCUCUGUCUGCCUUUCUGACUCUCUCUCUCUCUCUCUGUCUCCCUCUUCCUCUCUCUGUCUCCCUCUUCCUCUCUCUCUUUCUCUCUCUGUCUGCCUUUCUGACUCUCUCUCUCUCUCUCUGUCUCCCUCUUCCUCUCUCUCUUUAUCUCUCUGUCUGCCUUUCUCUCUCUCUCUCUCCCCCCCCCUCUCUCUGUCCCUCUCUCUCUGUCUCCCUCUUCAUUUCUCUCCCUCACUCUCUUUCUCUCUCUCUCUGUCUGUCUCUCUGACUCUCUCUCUCUCUCUCUCUCUCUCUCUCUCUCUGUCUCUCUUUCUGUCUUUCUGUCUGUCUGUCUGUCUGUCUGUCUGUCUGUCUGUCUGUCUGUCUGUCUGUCUGUCUGUCUCGCUGACAAUUUCUCUUCUUUAAAUUAACCUUAACCAACCUGCUUACCUUAUACAUAACCCAAAUCUCAGAUGAAGACCCAAAAAGCACAUUUUUGUAGCCAUAUUUUGACUUUGUGGCUGUGGAAUCUGAUUUUGUGGCUGUGUUAUUUAGUGGAACUCCUUCUUCUUCACUGAAGACAGCGACGUGAGCAGCUAAGGCCGCGUUAUGACUCCGUGACGCCCCCUGGUGUUCAGUAAAGAGAAACACCGUCAGCUGCAGAACAGGAUGACGUUUCAAACAUCAGGAAACGCCCACUUUAGUUUAUUGCACGUGUCAAUAAUGUUUGGUGUCAAGUGACCCCUUGCGAGGCGCGCGGAAGUCAAUUAACGGGAAUCGUUCUCCGGUGAGCAGAGUUUAGACUUUCAAGUAUCGCAGCUGAAGUUUGACGCAGAAUACAAGUCCCUUGUCUGUUUGAGGCCUGUGUGGUGAGAUGGAGUGGCGAGAACAGACCAGUGUGACCUGUGAAGACGCCUUCCCUGAGGCUCAACGGUGGAUGGAGGAAGUGACAAAUAAAUCAUUCGGGAGCAACAACUUCCGCUCUGCUCUGGAGAAUGGAGUCCUGCUCUGCCAUCUCAUCAACCGGUUGAAACCAGGCCUCAUUAAGAGAGUGAACACCCUGUCUACUCCAAUGGCUGGACUGGACAAUGUGAAUGUGUUUCUGAGAGCGUGUGGUACACUCGGUCUACACGAGGCUCAGCUGUUUCAUCCUGGAGACCUGCAAGACCUGUCCACACGCGCUACACUCAGGUGUGCAGAGAGCAAAAGGAGGCUGAGAAACGUUCUAAUCACCAUCUACUGGCUGGGUCGGAAGGCCCAGGCGGAUCCCUUCUACUCUGGCCCUCAGCUCAACCUCAAAGCAUUCGAGGGACUCCUGGGCAUCGCUCUGUCCAAGGCUCUAGAAGAAACCCCCAGAGGCAGUGUAACAGACAGGGACGACAGUGAUGUGAUCUACCCAGAGAGGGAUGAUGAGCUGCUGCCUCUAACCCGGUCCCAGACACCCGGCUACAGCAGAGAGGACUCCGUAGAGAGCCUUAACUCGGCCCUGAGCUUUGACUCGGCGGAGUCCCGUACCCUCAGCUGUAUCUCUGACUCCAUCCUGAGGGCCGGAAGCGAAGACUCCAGCAGUGACUUGGAGGCAGAGAACUCAUUUAGGAUGAAGGCGGCGGAGGGCAGAGAAUCGGGACUGAGGACCUGGGGCAACGCACCCUUCCAGAGGAAGAAGUGUGAGGAAAAGCGAAUUAAGGGCUGCCUCCCGAGCCCCCUCACCAGAAACUUGGAGGUAAAUCCAGGAUGGAUAUGGAGCAAAUCGUUGAAUGACAUCAGGCGGUUCCCGUCGCCUACGCAAGUGGUGCGCCAGGUUUCUGAGGGUGGCAUGGAGCUGAGCCCCAGCGCCGUGAGCCAAGACCAGCUGCAGAUGGUCAGAGCCCGGGUCCACGAUAGUGAGGCCAAGUGGCACAACGACCUGACCAAGUGGAAGCUCCGGCGACACAGGUCUAACUGUGACCUCCGGAGGAAGAUGCAGGAGAGGGACAACAUCGUCCUCAUGGCCAACGCCGGGGUCGGGACAUUCAAGAGUCUGCAAGAGGACAGGGAAGAGGAUGAGGAGGCCCUAUGCAGCAAUGUCCACAAGGUCUCUCCGUCCACUUCGUUCAAGGAGGGUUCCCUGGAGCUCCGACCCCACACCAAAGCCCCCACCUCGUUCAAGGAGGGUUCCCUGGAGCUCCGACCCCACACCAGAGCCCCCACCUCGGUCAAGGAGGGUUCCCUGGAGCUCCGACCCCACACCAAAGCCCCCACCUCGUUCAAGGAGGGUUCCCUGGAGCUCCGACCCCACACCAAAGCCCCCACCUCGUUCAAGGAGGGUUCCCUGGAGCUCCGACCCCACACCAAAGCCCCCACCUCGUUCAAGGAGGGUUCCCUGGAGCUCCGACCCCACACCAGAGCUCCGCUGGCCCUCAGCGCCUCCGUAGAGUCACCCUACAGCCCCGGAGCGUCGGAACCCUUCACCGCCCCCAGCGUGCCCCUCCAGGGACCCGGAGCCGUGCCCCAAUCAGAGCCCCUCGUCCUAGGGGGGAGGAGUCACACACCGGUGGAGCCAGACGGAGCUGGAGGAUCAGCCACUUUCCCCAACUCUGCCUCCCCCGUCUCCUCCCAGGCCCAGACCGUCUCCUCCCAGGCCCAGACCGUCUCCUCCCAGGCCCAGACCGUCUCCUCCCAGGCCCAGACCGUCUCCUCCCAGGCCCAGACCGUCUCUAGCCCAGCGCUCUUCAUCUCCACUGGACGAGACCACAACGUCUCCUUGCUCUCAAACGGGAUCCCGACGACCCUCCCUGGAUCUAGCUCCAGUCUUACUACUGGUACCAGUUCUUGUCCAACGACCUCUGACCCGAUGAACGGUACCGGCUCUAACCGAACCAGCGGUACUGGCAGCCCCUCUGUCUCCAUGGAGAUCCCAGACCACGCCCUCCUCUCUACUGUAGAGUCCCUGACCUCGGUGGGAGCCCCGGGUCAUGUCUCAGCUCCCCAGCAGCAGGAGCUUCCCCUCUACAGGUACAGCUCCAGGGCUCCGGGAGGAAGAGGAAGGGUCUCUGCCUCUCUCCCCAGGGGAUACCGUCGGUCUGAGGGCUCUUCGUCCUGCCUCUCUGCCGGCUUCACCCCCCGGCCGUUUGGAGCCAAGUCCUCCAGAGUGUCCUCACUACCCAGGCUCUACAAUUUGGAGAACUCUCUGCUGAAUGAAAAUGGAAACGGUUCCCUGCUCCCCACCAAGACUGCUCCCGCCCGCCCCCAGAAAAUGGUCACGAUCUCGGAGGUUGCUGUCAGGGCUCAGCCCUGGGCUACAGCCAAUCAGAGCAGUGUGAACCAGGAAGUAGAGGAGGGUGGGAGUCACACCCAGCCCUCCAUCCUGAAGACCAGAGGGGUUCCUGGACCUGCCACCCACCCCAAACCCAGCCAGCAGGGACCCUUACCCCCUUCUCUCCUGCCCAGCCUCCCUGUCUCAGUCAGACAGAAUGGCUCUGCCCAGGUACGUCACAGUGACCGGGUGAGUCUCACCUUGAAGAUUAAAAGCCAACCUCACUUUGGUUUCAACACUCACUGGGACUCGACAGGAGCAAGAGUCGGAGGCAUCCAACCAGGUAGUCCUGCAGAGUUGUGCCAGCUCCGUGCAGGUGAUGAGAUAGUGUCUGUUGGUGGGCACAGGGUGGCAGAGAUGAGCCACAGCCAGUGGAAGGGCAUGAUGACCUCUGCCUUGCAGAAAGGCAGUCUCACCAUGGAUGUACAGCGCUAUGGUCCAACUGAUACCAGCGGAGACGCAACGAUGGUGAAACUGGCCCAGAUCAACGGACAAGAGGUGCUGACCUCUAAGAGCAGGAAGGGAGGUUUUCAGGACAGUCCUCUGACUGUCAGAAGUCGAGAACAUGAUCUGCUUGUUUUGAAAACCCAGAAAAGGAGAGCAGAGUUCUUUAAUCAGGAAGGAGGAUCGGCGUCGGCGAUAUCUGAUCUCCAGGUGCCGUCCCUCAGCACCUCCCCCUCCAGUUGGUCCUGGGACCCUGAGGAAGAGAGGAGGAGGCAGGAGAAGUGGCAGGAGGAGCAGGAGCGCCUCCUACAGGAGAAGUACCGUCAGGACCAGGAGAGGCUGGAUGCUGAGUGGCAGCAGGCCCAGGAGGAGGCAGGGGUGGAGGGAUACAGGCAGGCUGAGGUGACCCCUGAUCCUCUACCACCCAGAUGCAUCGUGGGAUAUGUAGUCCCUUGUGUCAAAUCAUCCACACCGAACAUGGAGAGCUCAGGAGAGAUGACCAAUGGGAUCGCUGGCCUUGCCAGUCCUCAGCCAGCCUUGAGCCAGCCCAUGCCCCCUGUUGCCCAUGUGGCAUCCAAUCAAAAGAAGGAAGUUGUUUUUGACGGGGAAAGAAGGGAGGAGCCUCUCCCUCAAGAAGGGAGGAACCUGGAAGAGGAGACUGAAGUGGCAGAAGGAGAUAAUUGGUCUGGGGACUCCUAUGGUUUCACCCAGCUAUCUAUAGCUGACAGGAUGAAAUCCAAGUCCUCCCCAUCGUUGGCGGGUUUCCACAGACAGGAGGUGAAAGGCGCUGCUAGGGAGGUGGCGAGGAGGAAGCCUCCUCAGAGCAUGUCGUUAGUGGAGGCUGAGAGACAACAGAUCCUGGAGGAGAUGAGGAAGAGGACCGCUCUGCUGACCGACAGCAGCUGGAUACGACAACGCUCCACCUCGGACAACAAACAGCCAACUAACCGGCGAGGGCCAAUGAGGAGGUACGACUCUCUGGACAACCUUCCCUCUUCCACCACCCUGCUCUCUAACCCCCAACGCCCCCACUCCUCCCUGGGUUUCUCCGCCCCGUACCGCCCCCCCUCCUCCCGGCACAGCGUGGGUGUGGCCCUGGGGGGUUACACCAUCGGGACCCAGAAACACAGCCCUACCUGGCCCCGCCCCUUCAGCACAUCUUCCCCCCCGCCCAACACCGGAGAGGAACCCGCAACCGGCGAAUCACGACCCGUCUCACAGCAGCACCACCGAGUGCUGACUUCUCGUCAGGUGUGUUCAGUGUGUGUGUGUCCUAUGGGCAGAGGGGCUGCCAUGGUCAUUGAGACCCUGAACCUCUGCUUCCACCUGGCCUGUUUUCAGUGUGUGGACUGCAGGUGCCGACUUGGAGGGUCAGAGGUCAGAGCCCAGAUCAGAAUCCGUAACGGGAAGCCUUACUGUGACCCCUGCUACAUCAGACUCAAGUCACACCUUGCCACCUCCCUGUGACCAGAAUGCAUUGCAGCAGAUUGAGGAAGAGACGACGACGACGACAACGUCAACCGUAAACACGACGGUGGAGAUCUCGACGAUGACCUCGUGUUGACCAC